GCGCUUUUUACUUCGUACUUGUUUACGUUCGAAACAGAAAACAUAACCUCAACUUGGAAUAUUUUUUGAUGUUUAAAUCUGUAAAUUCUCUUUUCAAAUGAUUCGUUGAAUACUAAUCAAAGUAUCAAGGGAAAGGUUAAAUUCUCAACUUUGAGAAAAUAAGUUAUUAAUCAUACUCUCAAACGUUAAAGAUCGAGUAUUUACGUUUCCUGUAUGAUCAAUCGCGACUGACUCAUUAGCUUACCGGUUAAGAUACUGCUUGAACAAUGAGUAUGAUCCACGACCCACAUGUCAAUUGUCCUUACGAUGAGAGCCACCGCAUCCUAAGGUCUCGUUUGGCCUUUCAUCUUACUCGAUGUUCCAAGAAUCAUCCAAAUGCAAAGAAAAAGCAGUGUCCAUAUGACGUGCGCCAUCUCAUUGAUCCUGUGGAUUUUCAACACCAUAUUGAUACCUGUCCUGGUCGAGAAUCGGUCUUGCAUUAUGCUUUGCAUGAUGCUGAUCAUCAAGCUAGGACCAUGAACAUCUUACCAGUGCCUGCUUCUGGCAUGCCUGAAGCAGACAUUAUUCCAUCAUCUGAAAAUUGGGAUGAAGAUCAAGAGGUUAUCAGUUAUAAUCCGCUUAUGAAUAUUUUACAAAAACCAGUUGUUCGAACUCUAAUUGGAGCUUCUAAGUCAGAGAAAAAGAGAUUUAGAGAGGAAGAAAGAAAACGUUUGCAACAGCUGGGAAAUGAAUUAGAAAAAAAAGAGAAGCAGAAGCGUGAAAAAGAAAAGGCUGCUGUGCAAAAAUCCACGUUUCUUCAACCCAAAAUGGUGCCAAUAGAUCAUUCAGAAAGGGAGACUGUCCUUCGUCGACCCAAAAAACAAUCUGAAGUUUUGAAUCGAUCUAUGAUGGAGGAACUAGAAGAAAUAACGGAAUUGCCGAAACAAAUAAACGCUGAGGUACAAGAUGAUAAAAAACCAAUUGAGCCAAAAGCGCCAGGCAAGUCUCAAGCUAGUCAGCCAUUAGUUGGUGUUGUGUCGAAUGCAAGUCAUGGAGCAAUACCAAAAAGGAUGACAACAAAUGAUGAAAAAGAGUUGGCUGAAAAGACAUCUGCAAAUUCGCAGAAUAAAGAAAUUAAGGCUGAACCUGAACCAAAGAAAGUUCCUUUCAGCUAUGCUGCUGCUUUGAGCCGUAAUAAUGCAAAUGAAGAAAAAGUCAAUACCACUCUGAAUUCUUCAUUUAUGUCUUGCCAUACGGCUGAUGUUAGUAUGAUAGAUCAAUUAAGUCAGGAAAUCGAUAGUCUUUUGACAACUGAUGGAGAGGAUCUUGAGAUUAGUCGGCUGGAUGAAACGAUUAACGAGAUGAAAAGUAACGAAACUAAAGAAUCUACUAGUUCAAUAAAACCAAAGACUGCUGGACAGAGAAGCAUUUACUCAAGAAGGGCUAAUCGCACUGCAAAUUGAAAUUCUCACUAACUUUAAAAAAAUGUUUUUUUAUUAUACUAAGAGUGACUUCAUACCUCGUUGAAUUGUGAGUAAAAAGUAAUCAUUUUAGUUUAUUGUAAUUGUUUAGUAAUGAUAAACACACUUUUUUUUUUAAUUCUUCCCAACUUUGGGAAGA